AGAUUUCAUUUCAGUGGAUAACACAUCGUCUCUCCCUCUCUCUGAGACGUCUCCGGAAGCUUUUUCUUUGUUGUUUUCUUCUGGUCUUGUUGUCGCCGGCUCGACCCCGGACUGGUCCCUCAGCACCAUGGACAGUGCCUUGGACCGCCUGGACGCUGCAGCCUUUUUACAGAUCUGGCAACAUUUCGACGUCGAUGAUAACGGAUACAUCGAUGGGAAGCAGCUGGACGCCUUCUUUCAACGCAUGCUGGGAAAAUCUGGGAUGAAGAGGGAGGAGAUAACUGAGGACAAAAUCAGAAGACUGAGAGAAAGAUUCAUGUCUGCUUAUGACGCUGCAGCUGACGGACGUCUGCAGAUAGAAGAGCUGGCCACCUUGAUGCUGCCGGAGGACGAGAACUUCCUGCUUCUGUUUCGCAGAGAGACACCGCUGGACAACAGCGUGGAGUUCAUGAGGAUCUGGAGAAACUAUGACACAGACAGCAGCGGCUACAUCUCAGCGAUUGAGCUCAAGGGUUUCCUUCAGGAUCUCUUCCUUCAACACAGGAAGUCCAUCACCCCUGACAAACUGGAGGAGUACACUGACACCAUGAUGAAGAUGUUUGACAAAAAUAAGGACGGCAGGCUGGACUUAAAUGACCUGGCCAGAAUCUUGGCCCUGAAAGAAAACUUCUUGCUGAAGUUUAAGAUGGACGCCUGCAGCCAAGAGGACAGGAAGAGAGACUUUGAGAAGAUAUUUGCUCACUAUGAUGUUAGUAAGACAGGUGCGUUGGAGGGCCCUGAAGUGGAUGGAUUUGUCAAGGACAUGAUGGAGCUGGUGAAGCCCAGCAUCAGUGGCACAGACCUGGACAAGUUCAGGAAAGCCCUGAUGGGUCACUGUGACAUCAACGGAGACGGAAAGAUCCAGAAGAACGAGCUGGCUCUCUGCCUCGGCCUCAAACUCAGCUAACAGACCCUCGCAGCGUUCAUACAUGUGGCUUCUUUCCUCCAUCGCUCUUCCUCAUCCUCCCCAUUUGAACUUCUCCUUUAAGUGUGCAUCUUUUACUCUUUCCUCCUGCCUGGCUCAUUUCUGGAAGUAUGUCUCCUCUCUUGCUGGCUCCCACUGAUGUAUCUACCUAUUUUAUGCUCAUUAAUAAAGCACAGUACAUUUCCAUAAUUUUAUAUUUUUCUGUAUUAAAUUCUUAGCAGAGGUGGAAAUAAUUACUGAAUGUGGAUUUAUGGUGAUAUGAUAUAAACCUAAUCUAUUAAAUCCAUUUGGUGUUUGCAAGACUGAAUGGCAUGCUGCUUCUUUGUAAUGUGGUAAUACACGAAACAGUGUUUGCAUGAUUUUAUUGUGAAAUGACAGUUAAUAAAAUGUAUUUAAUCUC